AUGACCAAAGAAAAGUUCAUGAAAGAUGGCAUGAAAAAGUUGUCUGCUAUAAAACUUGAAAAUCAAGCGAAAGUCUUCAAAAGGGGCCAUAUCGGAUACUUUUGGCUCUUUCCAUGCGAUGUUUGGUCUAUUCAGCAUUUUAUAUCCUGGUCCACCAAUAUGUUUGGCCCUGUCGAGAGAAAUGUAGCGCAUACAAUAUUUUACAAUACUUUAUAUAUUCUUCGUGAUGAUUCGGAGACCUCAAAAGAGAUUCUUGAAGUUGUUAGAAAUCUUUUACAUGAGAAAAAGGCUCUCGGUUAUUGCAGUACUUUAGCAUAA